UAGCUUAAUUCCGUUCCGUGACUGCCAACGCCGUGACCGUUCCAUUGCUCGAAUGGGAUUUAAACGGGGAAGCGGCCAUUAACAACAGAAUAUGUGUAAUUUCUGCCUAUUAUAUUGGCACUUCCACACAACCAAGAGAAAGCUUUCAUAGUCGGUUUCGGGGAACUAUACGUGUUGACACCGCCGGACGCGUCACCUUGAAUUCUGCCUGCCCGGUAAUGGCCUCGAGACCAAUGCAAAACUGACCAACUGUUCUCGUAAACUUACCGCCAACCGAAAUAUCGUAACUGGCCGUCGUUGGAGGUGGGUUAGUUUUAACUUUCACCUAUGCCUCAAGAUUAUUUUAAUAGCCUGUUUCUGUUUUUACGCCGAAUUUUAAAAUGGGAGUAGUACUGCGGAAUCUCCAAAAGGUGGUGCCUCUUCGCCGCGCCAGAUUGCGCAGGGAUGUUGACACACUGAGACACAUAUUGGGCGUCCAGAAAUUUGACCUGGGCAUAAUUUGCGUGGAUAACCACAGGAUUCAGCAAAUUAACAACAUAUACAGGAAGAAAAAUGCGCCUACGGAUGUCCUCUCAUUUCCAUUCUACGAGGAUCUGAGACCUGGUAAGAUGCCUUGCCCCCUUCAUAGAGACGAGCUGAACCUUGGGGACAUAUUCUUGGGGGUGGAGUUUGUGAUGAAGCAGUGUAAGGAGGAAUCCUUAGAUCUGCAUGGGGCCCUCACUGUUAUCACUGCACAUGGUAUCUGUCACCUGUUGGGCUACAGACAUGAGACAGAGGAAGAAUGGACUGAGAUGCUGCAGAAGGAAAGCUACAUUCUAAGUGAGUACAACAGACUCACAGGGAGACAUCUGGAACCACUGACGAAGAGAUGCACUCAGGAUAGGUGACAGUGACUGGUCACCUGUUAACUUUACACUUGCACUUGGUGCACUAUGGUGCUUGAUUUUGUUGAUCACAAUCCUGUAACCAGGUGGACCACUAUUUGAAUAAACUGCUGUUUUAUUCAUUCCUUCAUUUAUCAUCUUCUCCACAAUCACAAUGUGCUGCAGUUUGACUGUGGAUAUCCUUUUCAAACACAGGAUGUGAGUGUUGUUUAAGAGUUUUAAACAUCAAAUUGAAAAGUCAGUGCACUUUCACUGUAAUAUUUUAUUAAAAUCUGCUUUAUGAAGAGUCAGUUGUGUAUGAAGGGUAGAAAAGCUGUUCAUUUUUACUUCACAAAUACAUUAUACCCUCUUUACACUGUGUUUGGGACAGGAUGCUCAGGAAAAUGCAAUGUUUCAGAAAUCUAAAUCCAAGGGAUAUUUUUUUAAAAAAAAGAAAAGACUGAAUGUCUUUUUUCAUCUGUCAUAGUCAGGUAUGCAUUCAUAGUGCAACAGAAUACUGUACCCCCAGGAGUCAGCUAAUAAUAAUGCUAAAAACCCAAGUAUAAAGGACAGGAUAUCAAGAAUAUCUUAUUCGGUCCAUACUGAUUUUUUUAUUACCUUUAUUUUAUAAUGCUAUAUUAUAGAUUUCCUUGUGUAGGUAAUUGAGGAAAUAAUGUGGUCUGAAUAUGUCCAGCAGACACUGGUGUACUAAAAUGUGACUUCAAUUUUACAGUGGCAACAAAAGAGAUUUACAACCAGUUUCUAGUAUUGGAACCAGUACAGAAAUAACAAAAUACUUCCUUUAUCUCCAUUCUAUAAGCAAGCCCGUCUGACUGGAACUAUUUGAACAGCAUUAGCAGAGGUCUAAAGUGUUAAGUACUGUAUACUGGCCUUAAAGAUGGUGAAAUAAAAGACA